AAGCAGCGGUACUCCUCUUGUCUAUCUUCUUUCAUUGCAAGGAAGGAAGGUAAGGUUCAAUCAGCCAGCCAGCAGUAUAUUCAUAGCGCAGCCAAGCCUCCACUCACUCACAGAUUCCAAACCCUUUCUGGUUUUCAUUAUCUGCCAGCCGCCAUGUGUGGAAUACUCGCCGUUUUCGGUUGUGUCGAUUGCUCUCAGGCUAAACGGGCCAGAAUCCUUGAACUCUCUUCACGGUUGCGCCAUAGAGGUCCCGACUGGAGUGGGCUGCACAGCGAAGAAGACUGUUAUCUUGCUCAUCAGCGUUUAGCGAUCGUCGACCCUGCUUCUGGAGAUCAACCGCUUUAUAAUGAAGACAAAUCGAUCAUCGUCACAGUGAACGGGGAGAUUUACAACCAUAAAGAGUUGAGGGAGCAACUGAAGUCUCAUAAGUUCAAUACCGGAAGCGACUGUGAAGUGAUCGCCCAUCUUUAUGAAGAACAUGGAGAAGACUUUGUGCAUAUGUUGGAUGGAAUGUUCUCCUUUGUGCUUCUCGACACUCGCAAUAAAAGUUACAUAGCAGCGAGGGACGCGAUCGGGAUCACUCCACUUUACAUCGGUUGGGGCCUCGAUGGUUCAGUGUGGUUUGCAUCGGAAAUGAAGGCGUUGAGUGAUGAUUGUGAACAGUUUAUGUCGUUCCUUCCUGGGCACAUAUAUUCUAGCAAAAACGGUGGGCUGAGACGGUGGUAUAACCCCCCAUGGUGGUCAGAACUCGUUCCGUCAACUCCAUAUGAUCCCCUUGUUCUACGCAACGCGUUUGAGAAGGCUGUGAUUAAAAGACUUAUGACCGAUGUCCCCUUCGGUGUUCUUCUUUCCGGAGGCCUUGAUUCGUCUCUCGUUGCCGCUGUUGCUUCACGUCAUCUCGUUGAUUCGGAAGCUUAUUGCCAGUGGGGAUCGCAGUUGCAUACUUUUUGCAUCGGAUUGAAGGGUUCUCCUGAUUUGGUUGCUGCCAGAGAGGUAGCUGAUUAUCUUGGCACUCGCCACCAUGAGUUCUACUUUACGGUUCAGGAAGGAAUUGAUGCGCUUGAGGAGGUGAUUUACCAUAUCGAAACCUAUGAUGUAACCACCAUUAGAGCUAGCACACCAAUGUUUCUCAUGUCGCGCAAAAUCAAGUCUUUGGGUGUAAAAAUGGUUCUUUCCGGUGAAGGAUCGGAUGAAAUAUUUGGUGGUUACUUGUAUUUCCACAAGGCUCCAAACAAGGAAGAGUUUCAUGAAGAAACAUGUAGAAAGAUCAAGGCUCUUCAUUUGUACGAUUGCUUGAGGGCAAAUAAGUCCACAUCAGCAUGGGGUCUUGAGGCGCGUGUGCCUUUUCUCGAUAAGGAGUUCAUUAACGUUGCAAUGAGCAUUGACCCAAAGUGGAAGAUGAUUGACCGUGAUAAUGGGAGGAUUGAGAAAUGGGUGUUGCGCAACGCGUUCGAUGAUGACGAGAAGCCGUAUCUGCCAAAGCAUAUAUUAUACAGGCAAAAGGAACAGUUCAGUGACGGAGUUGGAUACAGCUGGAUCGAUGGGUUGAGGGAUCACGCAAACAAACAGGUUACCGAUUCGAUGCUAGCAAAUGCAAACUUUGUUUAUCCUGAAAACACCCCUGCAACUAAAGAAGCGUACUACUAUCGCAAAAUCUUUGAAAAGUUCUUCCCCAAGAAUGCUGCAAGGUUAACGGUUCCAGGGGGUCCAAGUGUGGCAUGCAGCACGGCUAAGGCGGUAGAGUGGGAUGCAUCGUGGUCCAAAAAUCUUGACCCGUCGGGCCGAGCUGCUCUUGGGGUUCAUGCAGCGGCCUACGAAGACGCCAAGUGAAUCUGGUUAAUGAUGGCAGUCAGUUUAGUUGUUUUUGGUUCAUCUGUUUGGUGAUGGGAAUAAGAGUAGAGGAAUGAAAUAAAAAUGUGAAAAUGAUUGUUUCAAAUUCCAAAAUACCUCUCUUAUUUUUAUUUUGAAAUAACUUCAUGA